GGCUUAAUUGAUAGCGUUCAGUAAAAGCUCGACGAAUGUUUUUUUUUUUCUUUCACAGAUAUAAUAAUUAUAUGCACUUCUAUGCCCAAAGCAUACAAGUUUAUAUAGGUAUUCAUAUAUUACACAUGAAAAGUAUGAGUGUGAUUCUUGUCAAUAUGACUCAUUAUGUACUGACUUGUACAGCGCUCCUGCAGAAAUUAAAGUAAAAGCUUAAACACGUGUCAGGAAAUGAGCGAUAUUUCACUAGCUGGCAGAAAGCAGUGGGAUCGCCGCUUUCAGCCUGGCUGUCCUUCAAGGACCCGCGGCUCCCUGGCGGUCAUGUCUCGAGGCGAAGGAGAAGCGUGUUUCUUUCACAUCGGCUCGAAAGUCUCCAUGUCAUAACGCUCCAUUUCCUACUACAUAUUCGAAUGAAGCCUAAUGAUCGGCGCGCUGAAGGGGGUUACGUUACAAGCUCAUUUUAGGAGUAGAACAACGGCAGCUUCAGAUGAUUUUUGCCAGAAUGUAACAAGCCGUUGUUCUUUUGUAUGGGUCCCAGGCGGUUCAUGGAGAGCCCUGCAACAAAAGAAUUAGGGGAAGCAACAGCUGGCCCCUAGACCUGCUUGCAGCAGAAACCAGCGUCUUGGGAUUACACCAGUUUUCAGUUGCUUCUGUAUUAGUCAGGGUGUAUUUUUCUGCUUCCUAUGAUAGUACUGAUUACGUAUGAAAUGUUUCGCAAUAUUUAAAAAGUAGGAAUGUACUUUUUGAAGUGAAAUGUUUAGAUGGAAAAUAAUAAUUUAUAUAUAUAUAAUCUUCAGGUAGAUGAUUGCUGUGUUCUUACUGAAGUGUGUGUGAGCUGAAUUCUGGCCUCCAUGUGUUAAUGUGGUAAACUUUAGCGGAAGGUGGGAUGGAUACUGGAGCUUCUCAUAUAGGGCUGGCGGGCUGCCAGGUUGAGGGCAAAAGCAAAGAAAAACUUGUUUUACUUGAUCCUUGGGCAGACACCUAACGGGCAGGCAGUAAACAUGCUUGUCAUUCAUCUGUGGGGAGGAUUGGAAAAAUAGGUUUUGAAAUGACUGUUACUGGCAUUGUCUGAGUGUUUGAUAUGCCCACAGCAUGGUGUGUGGAUUAUUUGAUCCUGUAUGAAGUGUUAAAAGCCUGGUGUUUUUCAAAGUGAAACAUGACUUUUAUAAAAAUGGAAUAUUUCAGUCACAAGCAAUAUGUGUGGUUUAAUUCUUGGUGGUUGUUUUUUUCGUGGCAGAAGUAUCCCGCAGCUUAUUUCCGUUUUGAGGAUGUUGCAGCCCUUGACAAGCCCGAUGAGAAAUGCCAUUUUGGAGGGUGUAUUGUCAGCACUUGUGUUAAACUGCUGGAUAAGGCUCGGGAUAAAAAUGGAAGCUGCACUCUCUGCUUGUAGACUUUCUCUCUUUCACUUUCUUUUUUUUAUGUGGUGCUGCGUGUAGCUGCUGGUGUCGUUCUGCUUUGUGAAGAUGGCGCUGAGGAAGUUUUGUAAAAAUAGGAAUGUUGCCCCUUUUUUUGUCUCUGUCACUUUAAAACCAUAGAGAAUAGCUCCUUUGAGCAUAACUUUACCUCUGGGGGGGGAAUUUUUUCCAGUAGAAUUGAAACCUUAGUCAGGAUAUUUGUGUCUUUCUGUGAUAUGAUUUUUUUUUUUUUAAAGCGGUGUGAUAUCUGACUUGAAAACGUCUCGCUGCACGUUUUGGUUCAUCCCGUUCGGAUGUCUGGGUGCAGGAUUGAAGUAGCCUCUCUCUUGUGGUCUUCAGUCAGAAGCAGAUGUUUGUGGCCUUGUCGAACUGCAAAUGCGGUUUGCAGGAUAUUUGUCUCUAGAUUUAGCAGUAGUUUGGUGAAAGUUAUGUAAAGACGCAUUGCCUUGAUAGAAAUGUGGUGAGAAGGUAUCCUAGCUUUUAUAUCUCAUUUGCCGCCUCCUCUUCCAGAAGUUGUAGGAUUAAGUCUCUUAGAUCAAACACAAUACAGUCGAGAUGGCAGAAAAGCAGAAAUGAAGCCCAUUGUCUUGACAGCUGACUUUUGAAAUGAGGCAAAUGUAAAUAAGAUCCAGUAAGGUUUGUUUUUGCCAUUAGCAGAAAUUGCUACUUUAUGGUACUGGUUUAAUGAUGAUAUUUCAUAUUUUAUGUUAGCAAGUUGUUAGUUUAGUGUUUUUGUGUUUGUAGUUUAUGCCGUAUUUAUAGCUAUUGAUUUCCUGUAGUUUUGUAAUGUUCCCAGUAGUUUGUUCAUAUUUCUAUGCCAGGUCUCUGUAGGUCAUAAAUGUGGCUGUUUUACAGACGGGUUUCUGGUGUCGGAACUUGUUUGGUUUCAGUGUUGGUAUCUUUUCUUGGGUUUAAGGAAACUUCUCAUCCGAGCGGGUGACCCACGUCGUUCCCCUUGUGGUGUCGUUUCACUCUGCAGUAUGCAAGUUAGUCACCCCACCUGACCACCAGGGGAAGUGUGAAGUCGCAUGUUAGAUCAGUCAUGCUAAACUUGAGGUUCAUGCUGCAUGGAUUCCUUAUACCUGCAAAAGAAUGUGCAGGAUCAAGUCUUUGCAUUAAGGAAAUGCAUGUGCUUGUUAAACCUGUACCACAUGUGACGAGCUACUGCUGACUGUGUCAAGAUAAGAAUCUGUCAGCCCAGACUCUGGUAUAACUAAUAGUCAAGCCUCGACUUUCUCGCCAGGGAUUCGCGGCAGAACUCAUGGCCGUUUGUGAAGUUUUUGGCGGCGGUAUGUAAACGGGGCUCCGGUGAUGCGUAGCGGGAAGCCAAAAGGAUUUUUGAAAAUUACUUUUCUGGCCUGUUUUCCCCUCUUGUUGUCCACAAGGUCAAAAUCAAUUGCUUAAAAUUUUCUCUAUUUUUGAGUUUUUUUUUUUUUUUUUUUUUUUUUUUUCCUGGGGCUUCCGAAUUGAAUUUCAGGCAAUUAUUGCUUCUGUUCUCUGUGAGCCAUGCCCACUCACCCGCUGAUAUCGUAUAUGGAGAGUCCCGACGGACUAGGACAGGACCUUCUGAACGAUGCCAACGCCAACAUGCCCGGCACGGGCUCCAGCAUGACGCCACACGGCACCGUUGCCGAGAAGCCUGCCGACGGCAGCCCGACGGCCGACUGCAUGUUCUGCGACCAGACAUUCCAGCAUCAGGACGAGCUGAGUCCGCACGUGCUCACCCAGCACCCCACCACGUUGUUCGGGCCGGCCGUGCUGCGCGUGGAGGCGGAGUUCUUGAGCCCCAGCGAGCGAGUGCGACCCCCGGCGGCGGAGGCGGACGACGACCUCAGCUGCAUGGUGUGCGGCCAAGCCGUACAGGACGCCAGUGAGCUAGAGACCCACAUGCGGAAGCACAGGGACUCCUUCACCUAUAGCUGUGGCCUAUGUGGCAGACGUUUCCGGGAACCCUGGUUCCUCAAGAACCACAUGAGGACUCAUGGUGGCAAGGCCGGCGCCAGGAACAAGGCACAGCAGGACCUGGAGAGCCCGGCCACCAUCAACCAUGUGGUGGUGGACCAGGCAGCCAUGCCAGCCGUCAGCUCCCCGUACCGCAUGUGCAUGGUCUGCGGCUUUUUCUUCCCCAAUAAGGACGUCCUGGCAGAGCACAGCAAGGUGCACAACCGGGACUCGGACCCCAAUGAAGACGAGGGGGCAUGCACGGAGCCGUGCGUUUCACAGGAGGCCUCGCUCUCCCAGCAGUCCUUCCUGAAGCUCUUUGGGCUCCGUCCGCCGCUGGCGUCAGACACGAGCGCCCGUCCGGAGAGGCCUGCUAGGUGGAUCGCCGAGCUGGACCCCUUUAACACUUAUCAGGCCUGGCAACUGGCCACGAAGGGCAAGAUCGCCGUGGGGCCAGGAUUGGCCAAGGAGCUUGGUCCCGAUGCCGGCUCCGACGUCGAGGAUUCUGGCUCGGACAAGGAGGAGCUGGGAGAAAUCUGGUCCGGGGGCCGUAGCAGCAAGUCCAAGGACAGCUUCAGGCGCGAGCUGAGGUCGAAGCGCUUCGGCGGGGAGACGCCGUCGCCGGAGCCGGACCCCAAGUUGUUGGCCAAAGAGAAGCCGACCCGGUGCAAGGACUGUGGCAAGACGUUUCGAACCUACCACCAGCUGGUCUUGCACUCCAGGGUGCACAAGAAAGACAGGGGCGGUGCUGAGAGCCCCACCACAUCUGUGGAUGGGAAGCAGGGCGGCCAGCUGGACCGCGUGGAGGAGGCCUCAGAGGACGGGUCAGAGGAGGGUGGGCCGGCUGAUGCCUGUCAGUCAGAUAAAAGUGAAGAUGGCUUUGACCCGUCAAAGCUGAAGAUUCUCGCACCCUCAAAGGAAUGCAGUUACUGUGGAAAGUCUUUCCGUUCCAAUUAUUACCUCAAUAUUCACCUCAGGACGCAUACAGGUGAGAAACCUUAUAAAUGUGAACAUUGUGACUACGCCGCGGCUCAGAAGACCUCCCUCCGGUAUCACCUAGACCGACGCCACAAGGACAUGCCCGAAACGGGGCCGUGUGUCAAAUCGGCGUCGGCGUCUCCCCCUCCGGAGGACUCCCAGGAGAAGGUGUGUUCCGCGGUGGCUGGAAGCACUGAGGCUGCACUGACGGGCAAUGGUGCCCCCUGCCUGGGAGGGGUGAGUGAAGUGGAGGAGAAGGGGCCCAGCGACCUGGAGAAGGCGAGUACGGGGGCCUCUCAGAGCGCCGUCUGCGGCGCCUCCCCCAAGGAGGAGGAGGCAUCUGGCAACGACCAGGAAUGCGGAGAGUUGCCCUUAAACCUGUCCGUCAAGAUGUCGCUUUCCGUCGCCAUGGUGACGUUGCCGAGGAGCUCGUUGGUCACCAGCGCCUGUCCCCUUUGCACCUUUAAGACCCUCUACCCAGAAGUCUUGCUGAUGCACAAGGCGCUCGCUCAUAAGGAGAAUGGGGAUGCGGCCAGGAAGAAGCGGCCCCGCCUGUCAUUGGCGGCCUUCAAGCUGAGGCGCCACACAGGCUGCCCCCCUGCCCUGGAGGGCAAGGAUGUCGCCCCGCUGCAGCCCCCCUACAGCAGGCACCCCCGCCGGACUAAAUCCCCACCCCCUCAGUCCGGCAAGCCCACCGAGAAGCCGCCGGCCCCCCCCAGCCAGCAUUCGCUGCCCUCCCAGGCCGUCAGGCACUCGCUGUUGGCGGAGCCCUGCCGUCCCGCCCGGCCAGAGAUUACCAGGUUACCAGAGCGGCACCCGGAACCGAAUGGCAACUAUCGACGGGACAGCGUGGCUGUGGGCGCCAGGCCGAGCCACCCGGAUCACAACGGGCCCGGUCAGAAGGCCCGGCAGGCCCGGAAUGGUGCCGCCUGGCCCGCGGACGCCAUGCGCUCGUGCCUGUCCGCCCGCUUCGGCAGCCUCUCGCAGAUGGACUACGGGGAGCCACACGGCAAGAGGCGGAAGUUCUCCGGCACCACGGCGCGGGAUCCGGAAGCAGGCGAGGCCCGGCAGGGUGACGUCCACGGCCGACUGCUGCCCCCGGGGAAGAAUAGUAACAUCAGAGCCCCGGCGCCCAGAAGCCCCGCCUCUAAAAUGCCUCAGCCCUCGGCCCCUGGGGCAGCAGGAGAGACGGACUGGAACGUGAUCAACAUCCUGAGGUCAUACAGCCCCAGCGACCUGGCUUCCCUCUACCAUCCUGUCGUGGCUGGGUCCAGCCACGGGGGCGUCCUGUCCUCCGCAGCAGGAAAUAGGCCAUUGCUCUAUCAACAUUACCCGAAUAACGUGCUACAAAGGAGACACAAUUUCAGCCCUAUGAGUAAUGCACGCUGUGGACCUACUGAUAAGCAUGCUUAGAACAUCAUUUGUCAGAUGAUGGUCCAAAGACCGCUAAAGAUCCCAUGCAGCCAACGUCAUCCAUGCGUCACGACGCGAGGACUUUGCCGGAAAGGAAGACGUAACCCAAUGACAUAAGCUGUGACCCGCGUGUGUCUGCAAACACUACUCUGAACGGUGUUGGCAUUGCUAAUGAGAUGUAUUACAUUGUGCAUAUCUGCAUAUUGCAUUUUCAAGACUUUAGCAUGAGCACAUCAGAUGUGAAUUAUAAGAUGUAUGUGCUUAGAGAACUUUGGGGAAAAUAAAAUUUGAGUGAUUAGGGAGUAGAUUUCAUUUGAAUUAUUUUUUUUUUGGUUGCUGCUUGAGUUUUUGACUUUAGUCCCAGACUACAAGCCACUGUCCAUCCCAGCACACAUGUCAUAUCAUCUAAGGAGUUCAUACAUGGGCGUUAAGCAACAUUGUGUUUGACAUCACGAUAUAAUAAACUUAAACGGAGGAUGGUUGUGGGGUCUCGGCCCUCAACCAUUAGUCCGACCCUAGCUAGGGGACAUCCUUGUUGAACAAAUGACCUAUAGGAGAAUGCCGAAACUUGGUUGCUGCUUUGUUGCGCAGUUUGAUUCAUCACACUGUCUCUCGGUGUAUUUGGGUUGUACAGAACCACUGAAACACUCAAAUCCACGCAUCAGGAUGCAUAUUGUUUUUUUUUUUUUUUAAUUGACUGUGAUUGAAUGUUUAGCAAACUUAUAGAUUGCAGGAAUUAAUUGUUUUGAUGUGGCUUCACCCAUUUUCGGUGUGGCCCGUUAAACUAGCCUGGGUGCCUUUGCACGACACCUGGGGGGGGGGGGGAACCUCGGGGCAACACUGUGCCUUUUUAAACGCUUCCUGGGGUGUCGUUUUUGUUUCCAUGACCUCCUUUUGUCCUUGAAGUAGUAUUUAAUUAACUGCCGUCUGCCACCACAAUUAGAUCCUCACCAUCUGAACGGUCAGCUUCGGCCGUCAGUAAUAAACUCGUCAGGGACUGCGGCGCUGCCGGUGAUGCAGAAACCUUUCUCAGGUGGAGUCUGGCUUUAGCUGAGAGAGUAUCAGGUCUGCCAUUGAGCAUCAUCAAAAACUGUGCUUUUAGGGAAUGUUGGUUACACACUUUAUAUACAAAUAAAUAUAAAUAAUGAGAUGUUUUGAUAUUUGAAUGUUUUUGUUUUCUUGGCAGCAUUUAUGCGUUUGGGUUUAUUUAUUUUGCUUUCGUUUUGUAUUUCUUGAAUGUAAAAACAUUUCUGGACAUGUUCGUCCCUUUGGCAUUUAUCAAUUGGUGAUCGAGAAAGACUUUCAUUGCAGGGAAUACUGCAGAGAUCACCGAUUAGGUUCUGCGUGUCUAAUUAGGUCAUUUCCUGUGUCGUUCGUCGUCGGAGAGUAUUAACCCUUUAAAAUGUAAAGUUAGUUUCAUAUGUUUUUCUGUGUGAGGGUUUUAUAAGAACUAUUGAGUUCUGUCUCCCCCAUUUUUUUGCUGGAACUAAACUUGAAACCACUUAUAGCCAUAAAUUCCUGGCUGAAAAAAAAAUGUGUAUUUUUAUUUGUUUAAAUCACUGUAUUCAGAUAGGGGGUUCAUUUAUAAUUUUCUUUUUUUGCUGUAAUUAUUAGCUUGGAUUAAGAAUAAUUUCAAGUGAACUGUGGUGGGUGAUGUCCACCUCGUACAUGUGUGUUUAUAUUUGGUCCAGAUUGUAUCACAGGGUAACUUGCAUAAUUCAUUUCUAAAAUGUAGAAAAUGGAAAUGAAAAACCGCAGCAUUGCUAGAUGACCUCUUUUUUUCCCAAAAUAUAAAAAUGUUCCUGUGAAUAAUCGUUCCUGAUCUGAGCCAUAUCUAAUACAUUCUCCAGCCCAAUUCGUUACAUUUUAUUUUGUGUGCAUUUUCUGAAUGUUUUGUCAUCCAUGUGUCUGUAGCGCAAUUCUUGUUUCAAGAUCCCUGGACAUUUUAACACUGAGAAAUGGCGGCAGCUGCUAUCUCCAACACUGCCCCCAAACACACGUCUCGGAUAGCGAGAUUUAUCCCAGACACAAAAUAGAAGUAAGCAUAACUAAGACGAUACAAGGGCUGGUUUUGUCCUGUCUAAGUCACACUCUGACACUUAGUUGGAAAUGUUUUAUUGUUCCUUCCACAUGCCUUUUAUGCAUAUUGUAGGAAGCGUCCUGUUUCUGCAGAAUGAAGUACACUCCUACACGUUUUGAGCAAUUUCUGAACAUGGCAGUGGUAGAAAUAUUCAUUUUGUUACAGCUGGAAUAUCUGGAUAUGUGAGCAUUGCAAUAUAUUUAUUACAAGUCAUACUGUAUGCCUGGAACUAUGCUUGGAAGUGUACUCUGACUUCUGUGCUUGAGUUGAAAUGUAAUUGCGUUCACUUGUAAAUAUAGAUUUGGAGUUUUGCA